AAUUCAUCACUGGGUAUUUGAAAGGCCUUGUUGACAAACGCAACAUUUAGAAAAUGACAGAUGACUGAGACUGAAGAGCGAUUGGAACUGACUUAUGCACAACUAAAAUUUGGAGGGAGAUUGGAGGGACAGUUCUUGCACUUACUGUAUGUAGGACAUGGAUCUCCAACUCCAGCCAGGUGAGAUGUGAAUGAAGUUGCGCGGCACUUAACAAGAGCGUCAAACCAAAUCGAUCUUAGACGAACUUCAUCAGUAUCCUAGCUUCACUCUUCUUACGGCGCGUGAUGCCCAGGCAUCUGGCUUGAACACAUCCACAAUGAUCACAAGACCAUGACAACAUCAUUAGAUUGGCCAAGAUUCUCACAAGUCAUGUGUGUGCUGGUGAGGCAAAAGAGUUGCUGAUUUGUGAGUGUUUAGAAAAAAUUUUGAAAAAGGCAUCAUGACUGUUCGAAUCUAUUUGUGUUUAGUGAAAACAUUAGCGGUCUUGUUUCCCUUUGGACUUGCGGAUCGCAUCCUUAUAAUUCAUCCGAUCUAUGCUGGAAGUCAUCACUCGUUGCUCAGGGCUCUUGGCGACAAAUUGGUUGACCAUGGUCAUGAGGUGACUUUAUUCAAAGCUAAGGAAGCCGGAUUCGUUCCCAAAAAAUCUUCAGUCGAAAUAAUCGAGUUUCCAAUUUUGGAUCAUCGUCAAAUUUGCUCCAGGUACAUCAAUGACAAAGGCGAGUUUGAUGUCAACAUUGUUUUAACAUCUGCCUUUUGGAACACGGGAGCAUUUUUGGGAUCUUCUACCUUGGACUUUCCUUGUGUGGUUCCUUGUUUUUGUGACACUUUGUUCCUGAGUCAAGAACUUGACGAUAUUAUGCGAUCAAAAUCCUUUGAUCUAGUUAUCGUCGAUUUGAAAGGCAAUGAUUGUGGGAUGAGAUGGCUUUCGUUUUAUGAUGUACCCCUAGUUGGUUUCUGGGGGCUGCCAUUUGCGUUUACCAACGCCGCUCAAAUGAUGAGCGCACCUUCUUUGGCCCAAAUCACCAAACCUACCUUCGCCAACAUGGUCAAAAAUACAGUCAUUUACCUCUUUGACUACUUGGCAUACCGUUUUGUGACACCAAAUCUUGUGGACUUUUACAACGACCGAUUGGAACUGAUAUUGGUGAAUAGUAGUCCUUUGAUCGAGGUUCCCCGACCUCUCGGGCCCACGAUCAAAGAGGUGCCUGGAAUAUCUAUUGCUGUCCACAAUAUGACAAGCCGAACCAUUAGCUCGCGUUUUUUGAACUUCCUUGAUAAAGGUACUGAAGGAGUCAUUGUGUUUAGCAUUGGCAAAACUGGGAGUGGAACAGUCCCAUCAGAGUUCCAACAUAAGCUUAUCCAGGCCCUGCAAGCUGUGCCGUUCAAGGCAAUCCUUCAAAUUGAACCAAGCCAAAUUCCCGAGGGUCUCUUGGAUCCGGCGAAAAUUCUAAUAGAUCAAUUUCUUCCUCUACCUGAAAUUCUCGAACAUCCCAAUACCAAAUUAUUCAUCAGUCAUUGCGGAUCGUCCAGUGUUCAAGAGUCUAUUUUUUACGGUGUACCAAUUCUGGGGAUGCCUAUUUUCGAGGACCAAUUUGAUAUCGCUCAAAGUUUAGAAGAACGUGGAGUAGGUUUAGUAAUCUGGAACAAAGAACAAAUUACUUGGUUAGAAAUCAGUGCCAAGAUAAAGGAAAUAAUUCAAAAUCCAAAGUAUUCUCAGUCAAUGAAAAAUCAUUCCCAGCUCUUUCAAGAUAUAUAUUAUCGAUACCCACCUUUGGACGAGGCAUUGUUUUGGAUCAACAUAGUCUUGAAGAACAAAGGCACAAAGAUCAUCCGAACUAGACACGUGGAUCUUAACAUUUUGAUAGAUUUGAGUAUUGCUUCUAUGUUUAUGGCAAUGUUAUGCUGCUUAAUCUAUUUCAAGUUUUGCCACUGGACACCUGCACAGGCCAAACAAAAACUGUCCUAAAACAUAAAGCGGCAAACUUUAAAUUGCUGCUUGUGUGUAAUUGCACCUUGACCAGCUUUAAAUCGUAUCCAAAUUAUGGUAACAGGUGCCACUGUUGUCCAAAAAGACUAGGGUAACUUCAAGUCUUCAGUGAUGUAAAGAUGAUAAUAUUUCAAAGUACUUACCUGGUGUGCAAUGCGAUCAAAAUGACAUGACUGAAAAUUCAGGUGGACAUUCAAUGCUCUUCUCUUUUAUUUAGAAAACUCUUUUAUAGAUAUGAGAUACCCAUCGGACUUUUCCAAUCAAAACAUUUUCUCAUAAACCAAGUUGUGCUCAAAGGAAACUACGUCAAGUUUGGAGUAGGUUCCAAAUAAAGCUCAAUCAAGUAAUAUCUGCAUGACGGCGCAACAUCAUUUUGGGGGGAUGCCGGUUGCAAUAUUAUAUAUCAUUAUAUAUUAUUAAUCCCAAGGUUAAUAAGCCGGCGAGACGUUUUAAAUCUUCUUGCACUUAAUUACUUUAUCGGAAUCCUAUAUUGACUAAAAUGUUCGACCAAUCAAUUUUGGUAAAAAAGAAUCGUACAAUUGAUAACAAGUAACCCCGUUGAAAAAUUAAAAACCACUUAGUAAUGACAUCAAGGUACAAAAUAUGCAUUUUCAUUUGCCUUAUUUGACUUCAUAUACUACUUUCAGUUAAUUUAGCAUUAAAAAGUUGUACAAAUAUGCCACAAAUGAGUCCAGGAUGUCAAAAAUGUUUCCAAAAAGUGAGAAUUUAUAGUUUCGGUCAGAGCAGUUAGUACACAAGUCCUCGGCAGUUGCUUAGCAACUAGGUGCCUUAUCUGCCCUCAAGAAACUUAAAUUGAAAGUGCAAAUUACAGUGCACCACAUCAUUAUGAUUGAAUAAAUGGUGUUUUAACUUUUAAAUACUAUUUGGACAUCGUAUUGAGCUAUCCCAGUUACAACACACUUCUGCGUAAACAUAUAAAGAUGUUGAUUUUCAGCGUGAUUGCGUUUGUUCAAAAUAAAUUGCUCUCGCAGAAA